GGCCUCCUUUCUGUUUUUAUCUUUUUGUUUUUUUUUUAAUUGUUUAAGGGAUUGUGAGCACAGCUUAAAAAUGUGCCCUUUUUAUUUAGCAUCACUUGUGUGCGCUAUUUUUAUCAUCCACCAAGAUUUAUGCAUUACCCAGCAUUUCACUUACCUGUGGCCCAAGGUGACCAGCACGCCUGUUCCAACUUGUGUCUAGAAAUGAGGUCACGUUUUGAUGGGAUCACCCCCUGCUACGUAUAAAAGUAAUUUUUUAAUCCCACAAAAACCGUUUUGGUGGGAUCAGGGAAAUUCAUCUUCUCUCAGAGUUUUGUCAUGUGUUUCACACCACUGGUUUCCAAAAAUAGGCUUUUUUAUGUGAAAUUGCUUAUUUUAGUUGGCUAUGAGUCAGCAGCCAAAACCUUUUGUACUUUUUUAUGUAGUCUGUGAUGAAAGUAGAGUUUGCAAUAAUGGAGCAAGCUCCGGUGGGAUUCAAUCCCAGGCCAGUAUGGACAUUUAACCAGUUAAAGAUAUCUCUUAAACAGAUCUGUAAGCCUGUGAUAGCAUUGAAAAUGACCAUUUGGGCAUUCCCAGGUCUUGAAAAAUAUGGAAAAAUAUUCAUGGUCUUCGGUUAAGGUCUGGAAAAAUAUGAUUUUUUUUGGGACUGGAAACAUGUAAGAGCCCUGACUAUUCUGCAAACUGCCUUGUUGUACAUAUUGACUGAGAUGAUCUGUUUAAAGUCUCUACAGUGGAUUAAAUUUAAAAAUCUAAGCUACAUUUAACCUGUUAUGCAUUUCAUUCGCUCUCUUCAAUCAUCCGAUACAGGCUUACUUUCACUGCUUUCAGGCUUAUUCUGUCCAAACUUGACAUUUUCUGUGCUCAGAAAUAGGUAUGCAGUGUUCAUUUCCAAAAUGCUUUUUUCAUAUAGUGGAACAAAGCUCUUGUUUGAAUUAAAACCUUUUUUUAACUAAUAUAUUCUGUGGAAACAUCGGACCUCAUUGGAAUUAGUACUUUCAAUAUUGUUUAUCCUCUGGAAGCCGAUAUGCAGGCUCACAGAUAUUUGUAACAUGGAGGCUCUCUUAUGCCCAAAAUACAACAGAUGAAAACAAACAGCUGACUGCAUUCAUCAGAUACCAGAUGUUUGAAUUUCAUAAUCUCUCAUUUGUAUGAUUGUCUGAUGAUGUGACAGAAGAAUCAGCAGAAAAAGAAGGAUUUGUUAAAAAAUAUGAUGGCUCAUGAUGCGUACUACAAUAUUUGAUCCUGCAAACUCCAUCCCAGACUCAUCUAAUAUAAACCGCUGCACCAUGCUUAGUUAUUAUGUGUAAUGUAGGUUGUUGCUUUAUCAUCAGUGAUUGUUUUGGGACUGCUUUUUUGAUGAUGAUGAUGAUGAUGAUAAGAGUGAGUAUUACUGAAUCCUCAACCCCAGUUUGCAAAGCUAAUAUUUCAUCUUCUGAACCUUAGUUUUACCUAGUGGUUGUGUCAAAUCAUAUGCAGGUUGUGCUUCUUCACAUUUGCCUCUGUCUUUUGAGUGACUCUGUUGUAUCGCAGCUUUGUGACCGCCGGAGAGUCGGUCUAGCGUUGCCCAACGCGUCCCCUCCAUGUGAAAAAAGCUCACGGGGUGGGAUCCGCAGCCACUGGGACACCCUAAGGCGUCUGACCCGCCAGAAGCUGCACCGAGGCGGGGCGGUCGGGGUCCAGGGUCCAGCUGCUGGGUGCCCGAGUGUGAAGAUCAAGGAACCAUCGAGGUUUAGCGCCCGCAGAGACAGCUAUCCUUCAGCUGAACAGCUGUGUCGCCCGCCAGUGGCAUGUCCGUACCCUCCGCCAUGUUAUGCAACGCCGAUGAGUAGAAUUUGCUGCAGCAACCCAAUGUGCCAGUGUAGAGUAUGUUUUACCAAUCCACUCUGGGAGGAAAGUGUGCACCACUCCGCCCCGUCAGUCUACAGCUCUGUUAUGAUUGACAACAUCAUCGAGGAGCUGGACAGUGGGGAUGAAGAAACAGGAGCCAAUGCCCCAUCCCACUUUCAGAUCCAUACCCCACCCCUCCAGCAAUGGACUGUGUCUCCACCAUGCCUCACCACCACAUAUUACACCAAUAUGGAUGACUACUUCCACCCCAGUAUGCCUCACAGGUUCCGGAGCCAGAGCCCCCGAAUCCGCACAGCUCCCCCGAGCCCCAUGCGCCCUCGCCGGGUGAUGGAGAUUCCUCGGGUGCCCCCCGUGGAGCUGGCCAAGCAGGAGAGCCUGGACGAGCUGAGAUCCACAGUGCAGAUGGCCGCCAGCUCCAUGGAGCACAGCACCAAGAACAUCAAGCUCCUGGGGGAGAAGAUGGCAGCCGCCACCGACCGCAUGUCAGAAAGUGUGCAGGACAACGCCCAGGCCUUGGUCCUCCUUGCCCAGGUGGUGGAGAGGCUGCAGAUGCUUCUGGCAGCCAACAGGACGGACACCGACUGUGCAGUCCCAACAAAAGGCACCACAGUGAAGCAGGACAUCAACAAACAAGAAUCUUUGAACGAUGAUCAUGCACCUAGAAGUUCAAAGACUGAAACUCCGAAAACACAUAGGCAGCAUCCUUCCUUGACCCACCAGUCGAGAUGCUCCAUCCCCUCUCUUUCUUGCUCCUCUUCUUCCUCCUCCUUCGGCUCCCUCGGUGGCUCCUUGGAUGCUCCCUCCACCUCCCAGGGGACCAGCUGUCUGUCCGUAUCCUGCCAUGGGAUGCCUCGCACUGAGCUUAAAACCAAGGCCGUCCCAUCCCCUCCAAGGAGGUACUUCCACAAUGAGCUCCAAGCAACCAAUGGCCUGUUCGAGGAGGCCAACGCCCCCGACCGCAACAUGACGAGCAGCCUCUCCAACCAGUGGAAGAAGAAGAAGAAGAAGAUGUCGACCAUAACAUGAGAGAAGCCGAAAGUGUCCGCAUGGCUUCUUCUGGAGCGGCUGCUGAUUGCUGCGAUGGACUGCUUGGGUCCUUUUCCUUGGGGAGCUGCAUUCCCUCAAACAGGCACUUAUAUAUUUUUUUUAUUAAUUCUCAUUUUCUUCUUUCAUCACUGCACUUCUUUGCCAUUCUCUUAUAAUUGUCUUGUGUUUGCUGGGAUUGGAGAGUCAUUUCAAUCAGUCAUAUUUUGCUUACUCAUAAACAAACUUUAAGCACUUUCCUUCUUCUCUACACCAGGUUUCAUGACAAUCAAUUCUUGCCCAUAUCCUGUUUUUUUCCCCAAAGCCAUUCCUUCGUUUCAU